AUGGCGGCUAUUUUUUAUGUGUAUUUAAUAUUAAUUGGUGGAUUUUGUGUUCGAGCUUUAGAAACUAUCAAAGCAUUCUACUGUCAGGACCCAGAUACAGGAAAACUGUACCCUGUUAAUUCAACAUGGCCUUCUCAGACAUUUUGUGGAAAUUAUACUUGUAAAUUACGAAGGAAAAAUAUCACUGGUGCUGAGGAUUCUCCGAUAAGAAAAGUUAAUAUUACUAACAUAAAUAUCAAUUUUUUAGAAAACGAAGGAGAUAUGUCUCCAAGUCCAAGUCAAAUCGUUAACAUGGGAAGAAUAAUUGAUCAAGAAAUGGGACAGUUGUUACAGAAAGAAAAUAUUUUAUCAAAAACUGGGCCGAGCGAAGAAAAACAGAUUGAAUCUAAUAAGUAUGUGAAUGAAGGUGACCGUUAUUUAACUGACAGUGAAAUUAAAACUAUAUCAGAUAUGCUUCAUACGGUAAAGAAAAGUGAUCUGGAAGCCAUAGUUGAUAUUUACAAUUUAGCUCAAGAUAUAUAUAAAGAAAUGGAUAAAGAUACAAUUGAAACUGUAAUUCAGGAAACAAAGACGCCUAUUCACACACAAAACAAAGUUGACAUGAAGCAAGGAACCCCAACUAAAGAUAAGCAACAAAUUUCGUAUUGGUAUGAGCCAUUACAAUAUCAAAAUGCAAAAAGCAAACCAGAAAAUGACAUGAAUGAUGAGGGUACAACAUUAUCCACAACAACAGUUCAAACGACUAAAAACAAAAGCAAUCCUAAUACAUUCUUCAAAGGGUCAUUGACAGAAAAAGAUUUUAGAAAACUUCCUUAUUAUUACCCAAUAUCGAACUUCCAAAGGGUAUCUUCAUACACUCACCCUGGUAAACAUAAUAUUCAACAGAAUACAGCUAGUAAACACAAGCCAUGUAAAAAACCAAUAUCCAACAGUAAUUAUGUAUUACCACCAUGGAUUAACAAGUCACUUAAAAAUACAUAUAAGCCAGAAUCAUCUCAAAACUCUCUCGAACCAUCAUCACUUCUUUUGCCUUUCCCAUUCGCCUACGUAAACAGCAAUAAUCUAAGUGGGUACCCACCGAACUUUUACUAUAGUGGGUAUAGUGGAUAUCCUUGGGCGCAACUCAAUGUAUACAACAGAAAUCGAAACUAUCAGCAAUCAUACUUAGGAACGGCUUACAUAGCUCAGUUGCCUGGUGAAUCGAUAUACGCUAAGCCCGAAAUUACUAAUAAAUAUGAAUAUCAUAGCAACAGCAUUACAAAAGAAGAUAUUAUAGACAUAAUAACUAGUAUGAAAAGUAAAGAUAUAAAGAAAAUGCCUGAUUGGCAAACUGAUCCACUUCCAACGCAAGUUAUUGAAGAAGUAAGAGGGAAUGCGGAGAAAUCUAAAUUGCUUAAACCUUAUCCUUUAAGAAAGAAAGUGAAAUUAGAAAAAGUUGGUAAGGUGAUUAAACUUGACGAAACUGUAAAGUCUAAAAGAAGUGUAACAGAAAAUAAGACUGAAGAGGAAGAGGAUGACGAAUUUGAAGCGUAUGUUGUAAAAACCACAUGUGAACCAGGCACUGAACUGGGAUACUUUCGCCGAGGAAACAUGAGUCGACCGUUUCCAGCCUGUUGUCCAGAGAGGAUAGAACGUUGA